GGCGGCGGCGGCGUGCGAGGGGCUGGUGAGGUUCAGCGAGAGCAAAAGGAAGAGAGAGCGAGGCGGCGUCCGCGAUGAACACGUUGCUGUCGCGGGCGAACUCCCUGUUCGCCUUCUCGUUGAGCGUGAUGGCGGCGCUCACCUUCGGCUGCUUCAUCACCACCGCCUUCAAGGACCGGAGCGUCCCGGUGCGGCUGCACGUCUCGCGGAUCAUGCUAAAAAAUGUAGAAGACUUCACGGGACCCCGAGAAAGAAGUGAUCUGGGAUUCAUCACGUUUGAUAUAACAGCUGAUCUAGAGAAUAUAUUUGAUUGGAAUGUUAAACAGUUAUUUCUUUACUUGUCAGCAGAAUAUUCAACAAAAAAUAAUGCUCUGAACCAAGUUGUCCUUUGGGACAAAAUUGUUCUCAGAGGUGAUAAUCCGAAGCUGCUGUUGAAAGAUAUGAAAACAAAAUAUUUUUUCUUUGAUGAUGGAAAUGGUCUCAAGGGAAAUAGGAAUGUCACCAUAACACUCUCUUGGAACGUCGUACCAAAUGCUGGAAUUCUACCUCUUGUGACAGGAUCGGGACACGUAUCUGUCCCAUUUCCAGAUACAUAUGAAAUAACGAAGAGUUAUUAAAUUAUUCUGAAUUUGAAACAACAUAUUUUUAUACGUAAUGAAUCAUAUCUCAUUUA